GCCUCCCGUGUCCCGUCGCGUCUGGUUUUUUUUUGAAUUUUUUUUGGGUCGCCGGGGGGCGUUCGGGGGCGUCGGUUCCCGCGCGAUCGGCCGCCGCGGGAGGCGUCCAUUCGCGGGAAAUCGUGAUCCGGCGAGGCGCGCGCGCGCCGAUUCGGCCGCGCGCCGGCGGGGUCGGGGCCGUCGAGGCGCGGUCGCGGGGCGCGCGGGCGGUGGGAUUUGGGUGGGAGUUUGGGUUCCGGGCGUCGGGAUUCGGGGUUGGGUGCAGGGUGGUGGCGAUUUGGUGCCCGAUUGGCGGUAAUCUGGUGUGCAAAGGCGAGAUUUUUUUUUGGCGCCCCGUCGGUUUCCAAUCGACGUGGUGCAUCCGGUGAUGGGGGUGGGAUGCUUCCCUCCCUCUUCUUUUUUGGUGCCGAUUGGCGCAUUCGAUUCCUCGACAAAGGGUGUGGUGGUGGGGGGAGCUGGCCGUCACUUGAUGGCGAUGAGGAUCCAGCUCGGCUGAUUCUCCCGUGCUUUUACCUUGGCCUCUGUCCCCGACCGUGCCCCAUCUUAGUUUGAUUUUUUCGUUCUGGGAUAUUGUUAGAUGAGUAGAUGGAGAGAUUGGAAGGAGCUCGGAGGGCUGGGACGCUGACCUGAGUUUUAUGGGGAGAGGAUGCCAGAACUGCGAAGCAGUACUCGUCAAGCACGCCUGAGGUCUAAGAAGCCCGAAGACCCGCAACCAGGAGAGCAGCCUGUGAAACCGGCGUCGCCUGCUCCGCAGAGAGCAGGAAAGCGUGCUCCUACUCGUGCUGCCAGGGGCAGAAAGGUUGCUGCUGGGAGAAGAGCGCCUCCGGCACCAAAGCCUAAAAGAAACGGGGUUGAGAUUGUCGACUUAGAAGCUGAUCCUGCUUGCGAAGACCCCCUGAAAGCCGUAGCUGGGCUGGAAGUUGCUGGUGCAGCCAAGAACCUUGCUUUGAACAAGGUAGCUGAGGUUGGUAUUAAUAAAGGUCUGAAAAUGGAAGGUGAAAGUGGGGAGAAGAUUGUUGGGGCUGAAGAUGAAUUGACAGCUACACCUGUCCCAGAGAGGGUUCAAGUAGGUAACUCUCCAGAGUAUGUAACUGAGAGGAAAUUAGGUAAAGGUGGUUUUGGUCAAGUCUAUGUUGGCCGAAGGGUAUCUGGUGGAACUGCUCGCACUGGCCCUGAUGCCUAUGAGGUUGCAUUGAAAUUUGAGCAUCGUAACAGUAAAGGAUGCAAUUAUGGCCCACCAUAUGAGUGGCAAGUUUAUAGCGCUCUCAAUAGUUGUUAUGGCAUACCAUCGGUCCACUACAAGGGUCGUCAGGGUGACUACUAUAUUCUCGUAAUGGAUAUGCUUGGUCCCAGCCUUUGGGACGUGUGGAACUCAAUGGGGCAGGCGAUGUCUGCGAAUAUGGCUGCCUGCAUUGCCGUAGAGAGCAUAUCAAUUCUUGAGAAGCUCCAUUCUAAAGGGUUUGUGCAUGGUGAUGUGAAACCAGAGAAUUUUCUGCUUGGUCAGGCUGGAUCGCCUGAUGAUAAGAAGCUUUACCUUAUUGAUCUUGGUUUAGCAUCGAAGUGGAGGGAGGCAAAUGGGAAUCAUGUUGAUUAUGAUCAAAGGCCUGAUAUCUUUAGGGGAACAGUUAGAUAUGCGAGUGUCCAUGCCCAUUUGGGGCGCACCGGUAGUAGGAGAGACGAUUUGGAGUCACUGGCGUACACCCUUAUUUUCCUAAUAAGAGGAAGAUUGCCUUGGCAAGGUUAUCAGGGAGAUACCAAGAGUUUUCUUGUUUGCAAGAAGAAAAUGGCUACUUCUCCAGAGAUGCUUUGCUGUUUCUGUCCAGCUCCAUUCAAACAGUUUCUUGAGAUUGUCACAAACAUGAAAUUUGAUGAAGAGCCAAAUUAUGCCAAGCUUAUUUCACUUUUUGAUGGUUUGAUUGAAUCACCUGCCUCGAGACCAAUCAGAAUUGAUGGGGCCCUCAAGGUUGGUCAGAAACGCGGAAGAUUGCUUGUAAAUCUGGAAGAAGAUGAGCAACCUAAAAAGAAGGUUAGAUUAGGGAGCCCAGCAGCUCAAUGGAUUUCGGUUUAUAAUGCCAGGCGACCCAUGAAGCAGAGGUACCAUUAUAACGUGGCUGACUCAAGGUUAAGUCAACAUAUAGAAAAGGGCAAUGAGGAUGGGCUGUACAUUAGUUGUGUGGCUUCCUCAGCAAACCUUUGGGCCCUCAUUAUGGAUGCAGGAACUGGUUUCUGUUCUCAAAUUUAUGAGCUCUCACCAGUUUUUCUGCACAAGGACUGGAUAAUGGAGCAGUGGGAGAAAAGUUAUUACAUAACAGCAAUUGCUGGAUCAACCAAUGGAAGCUCAUUAGUUGUCAUGUCCAAAGGAACUCCUUACACUCAGCAAUCAUACAAGGUUAGUGAGUCAUUCCCUUACAAGUGGAUCAAUAAAAAGUGGAAAGAAGGUUUUCAUGUAACAUCUAUGGCCACCGCUGGAAAUCGCUGGGGCGUGGUCAUGUCAAGGAACUCAGGGUAUUCUAAUCAGGUUGUAGAAUUGGAUUUCCUGUACCCAAGCGAAGGCAUCCAUCGGCGAUGGGAGACAGGUUACAGGAUAACUUCGACAGCGGCCACCAAUGACCAAGCUGCUUUCAUCUUGAGCAUGCCAAAGCGGAAGCCGAUGGAUGAGACACAGGAAACCCUUCGGACCUCUGCCUUCCCCAGUGGCCAUGUGAAGGAGAAAUGGGCGAAGAAUCUCUACAUAGCUUCGAUCUGCUACGGACGGACUGUGUGCUGACCGCGCAUGCUGAAGUUGAAGCGAGGGUCAUUUGUUCGGUAUGGUGGCAUGAGCUCCAGGAGAUGUGAGAUGUUCGUGGAACCCCAAUCCCCAUGGUAGAAUUAGUAGAUCUGAAGACGCGGUAUGGUAUCCUACCGCAGUUGUAAAGAAAUGCUGUACCCGAUGCCGGCCGUGAGACCUUUCCUCGCAUGAAGCUAACCUUUCGGCAUGAAAUUCGCUGCUUUUGCCA